AUGGCGCCCAAGAUCCUCUCCCUCGUUGCCGUUCUCGGCUCCCUCGGCACCGCGGCUGCGGUUCAGCCUGCCGGCAGCAACCAAGGUCUUGCUAUGGCCACCGAGGCUCAGGUCUCGAUGCUCCAGGUUCAGAUGCAAGACAGACUCUCACAGCUGGCUACGGCCCAAUUGAUGGAGGAGCUGGGCGUUGAGGCUGACUUCAGCAGCGUCCUUAAGCAAACUAUGAGCGGCUUUGGAAAGGAGCUGCUCGCUGCCGUGAAACCUACCGUCAGCAACGUCUGCACUGAUAUCGUGAACGAGGUCGCGACCUUCCAGCAAAACGCCGACGAGGAAGAGCUGGAAUCCGAAGUCGGGUUCGCACAGAUCUCCAACACCCGCGUGACAGACAUUGCUCCUCAUGAUGCCGAGAAGGCCCUUUCGCUGGUGGAGCAGCAGUUCUGGGAAUCCGCGAAGAAGGCCCUAAAGCAAGUGGCAGGCACUGUCAAGAAAGUCACACAGCCCCUUGUCUCUAAGGUGAAGGAGAAUAUCUCCAAGGUACUCAUGGACUUGCUCAGCAAAGUCAAACCCCUCCUGCAGGAAAAGCUCGCGCAGAUGAUUUCCUCUGUCUGCGAGAAAGCAAAGGACAGCCUCGAGAACGCGACCGCCUGA